AUGCCCUGCGUUCAAAAGUCACACACUUUAUCCAACAUGCCGCGCUGGCUCACUUUACGGAUUGGGAAAAACUCUGCCAUACCUCAUGUGCCGCAGAAUCAGGCGUGCUGCGCUGAGGUGCGAAACUCUCUUCGCCCAAAAGCAGGAAAGAUGGGUCGAUUUUCACAAAGCUAUGCUAUGAAGCUGCUGCACCCCCCUGCCCAAAGGUGCUUCACCUCUGUUUGUUUGUUUCCGCCCGUUUGUGGUGCUAACUGAACCCAAGAGUCCCUCACCUCCCAGAGAGCAGUUUCCAAAGCAACCCUUAAAGCUGGCAUGUGACUGGGCUGGAGACAUCAGCAGGAUAAAGGAUAAAAUUGUUCUCUGAUACUCCCAGGGAGGUGGUUUGUCUAACAAAUAAUUAAUCUGUUGCCUGCCAGGAACAUCUACAUGUUUCUGACCUCUAUGAAGUGCCGCAAGAAGCAUAAUUGGGAUGGGGGGGGAAGAGGUGGCAGUGGGGAUAUUGAGAUAACUGUAGAUUUUUAAAGGGUCAUAGGCUGUCCCUAUGACCAGCUAUUCUGCUCCAUGGUCUAACUGAAGAACGUAGGAUCAGUUGUCUCAGAGGGUUUUGUUUUGUUUUGUUGCCGAUUUGUUUCUCUGUUAAUUCUGUGUGCUGCUCAAUUAGUAAAGCACUCAAGGAAAUGUUGCCAUAUGACAUGUGUGAUUAAAAGUGUCAGGAACCUCCUUUUAAAACAAACAAACAAACAAACAAACAGAAAUGAACAGUGUUUUUCAUUGGCAAGGAAAAUAGUUCACUUUCCUAUUACUGUUCCGUUCUUGUUUAAAAGAAACAAUAAAAUUAUUGUCUAACUUCCUGACUGGUGCGUCUUAUAAGCCUUCCAUGACACUUUUGCUUGCUAAAUCUAACACCUUUGACACCUGAGGUGUAUAUUUUUUGGAAGGUACCCUAUCUUUUGUCAUCGCAUUCUUUCUCGUAAAUGCUUAAAUUGUUUUCAGUGUGGUUUUUUUCAUUGCUAAGCCUCUUCUCUCUUCUUAGACCUUCUUCCAUAGAAUUGUGGAGUGACUCUGUCUUGCCAUGCUUGCAGCACCACCUGUCUGUGGCCAAGCAAACUGCAACGUGAUGACACUCAAGAGUUAUUUUAUAUAGUAAGAAAAAGGCAAGGGCAGAGCUAAUGGUUCCCCACUCUGAGCUAAUCCAAGAUAUUGGAUUAAAAAUCAUGGGGGGGGGGGAGCGCCUUGAAUUGAGCUUGUUGAACUAUUCAGGUACAACACUUCUCUACACUGCACUGUCUCUGGAAAGUAGAGAUUUCCCAGGAGGCUUCAUUAACGACUACAGAAACAACACAGCGCUGUGCUGAACAUUUUUUUCUUAUUAUUUCCCCCAGUGUUCAAUCAGUAUUAGUGUGGCAGCACAUGCAACUCCGGAACUCCCUGCCUAUUGAGAUCAAGCAGGAGUCUUCACUGCAUUCUUUUGGGCGCUUGCUAAAAACAUUAUUGUUUAGACAAGCCUACCCAGACACCUAGAAAGUUGAGGUGAUUUUAAUCUGUUUUAGCAUUUUAACUUUGGUAUGUUUUAAAGCGGGGUCAUGAAUUUUCCUCGAUUUCAUUGUUUUAUCUUUGUGUAAAGCACUUUUGAGGUUGUUGGGGUUUUUGUUUACAACCAAGCAGCGAAAUAAAAUAAAUUAUUGUGAAAUAAAAUAAAUAAAUUUGUUUACUGGUUAUUCUUGAUAUGGAUUUAGGUAGGCAAAUCUAUGCAAAUUUGAUUCAUGAUUUAAUAUGUGAUAUUUGAUAAAUGUGAUUGCCUAAUAGCAAAAAUAAAGAAUUUUAAAGAUCGGCUUAAUUGGGAAUUUUAAUUUUCAUGUGUUCCUUCUUUGAUACUAGUAAUAGUAUUAUUAAUAAUUACUAGUCUUAUUACUGGUGUUAUGAGAGUCAAGGUUAUGCUGAGCUAAACGCUCAUCAGUAUUUACCACUUUCUAAAGGUCUGCUCUGGUGUAUUUGUGGAUAGGAGGCAGGGGCAACAUCCCUGUGCAUUUUUGCCCCACAUGCUCAGUCCCUGACUUGCCCAAUGUUGAGUGGGGAAGUCUACCUUUUGAAUGCAAAUAGAUUUAAUUAAAAAUCAAUGUCCCCUAUUGCUUGAAAAUCACAAGCGAAGGAUGCAAGAAUCAGGUUCCUCCAAAGCUGGUUCUAUUUAAGUUGUUCAUAAAUUACCUGGUGGAGUUAGGAGCGAACAGCGAGGUGGCCAGGUGUUUUUUUUGAUGACUCCAAAUUGCCUGUGACAGCUUCCCAAGGAUGCAGUUUUGCCCUUUAUGUUCUCAGUGCCCUGUUUCGUUAGCCGUUUAUACUGCAUAAGCCCUGGCUAUUCACUGGCUUCCCACACAAGCUUACAGCACCGAAAUGAGUCUCCCCAUAUAGCACAAUGGAGCAACUUCUUGGACCUUUUGAAGUGGGGAUUACAGUUCCAAUUUUAGCUUUGGUGGUUUCAAGGUCAGGAAAGCUUCUUAAAAUCCUGCCCUUAAUUAGAAACGACAUACAAAUCUUCUUAACCUAAGCCAUCUUCAUGGCCUCUCUCGGUAAUAUAUUGCUGGGAUUGUAUUUCACUUAUAAUGGGACUUGCCUCCAUUAUAAGGUCAGAGUAUCUUCUCCGUUGGGUUAAUGAUUGCUUAUUUUCGCCUCACAAUUCCCUGACGCAGUUACUUGCUUCUUACAGGCGAGUUUGUUCUAUGUUGUUUCAAUAAAGACACCCCCAAAUUUAUGGCAAGCGUAUGAAAUAAUUCCACCAAUCCUAUGACCUUUCCAUGGGGGAUUGUUGCUGUGGUUGCAUUUAUUUAUUUAAUUUGACUGCAAUAGAGUUUACAGCCGUGGGAUUCAGUCACAUACCAGCAAAAUGCAGAGCGCACAGUCGAGGUGCGACAGUCUGAAAGUGGCCUUCCUUGUUUCCAUGGCACGCAUGACAAAGACUGAAUCCAGGCCGUUAUGCAUGGGAAGCACAAGUCUCUGAGGUUUCUGAGCGUGUUGUGCGGAUGCCUGAUUAUCGUCUUCCAAAGCAACUACUCUAUUCUGAACUUAAAAAUGGAAAGAGUAAUGUUGGUAGUCAACAAAAGAGGUUCAAAGACUGUCUCAGGGCAAAUCUGAAAAAAUGUAGUAUAAACACCAACAAUUGGGAAACACUUGCCUGCGAGCGCUCCAAUUGGAGAACAGCCUUUACCAAAGGUGUCAUGGGAUUUGAAGACGCUCGAACUCAGGACGCAAGGGGGAAACGUGCUAAGAGGAAGGCACACUUAGCAAAUCCACACCGUGAUCAACUUCUGCCCCGAAACAUAUGUUCCCACUGUGGAAGGACAUGUGGAUCCAGAAGUGUGGAUCCAAAAUUGGCCUCCACAGUUACUUACAGACUCAUUGUUAAAACUGUGUUUAUCUUACUCGGCUACAAGUGAUUGCCAAAGAGAGAGAAGAGAUUUCCUUAACAAACAGAUUGGGUUAGGUUAGGCCCACUCACUUCAAUGGGAUUUAGGUCUGCCUAACUUUGCACAGGACCAAGCUGUGACUUAGGACUCAAACUGUAAAUUGUUGUAGAGUACGUGUGCUGGUCCCGAGGGCUAACCAUGCGGCGAAGUCUGUGUACAGUCCGAGGUCAAGGAGGCUGUCCGUCAAAGCUGAAGCGGGCUCCAAGGCAGGGAGUCGGGUGAGGUCAGGAACUCUGGCAGAGGAGCAGGACAGGGUGCAGGCAGGAACAGGCUACCAACAAUGUUGCUCCCGCAACAUGGGACUGGGGCUGGCUGGCUUUUAUCUGCCCCGAGGCAUAGGGCGGCCCCGGUCCACAGGUGACUUGCCUCUCCUGGCCUGGAGGUGAGCACUCCUCCUGAGAGAACUUAGUUCCCUCCGCCUCUCUGCCCUGAGCCUCUGCAGCUCAGGAGAGGCUGGAGGGUUACCGGACCCAGAGGCAACCUCAGCUUCCCCUGACAGGGCUGAGAGUGGAGCACCUGCAGGCAAUGGGUCCUCCAUCACCUCUGGAGCCACAGCAGACUCACCUGGUGCCUACACCUGAGGACCCAGCACAGGUGAGGACCCUUCAGGCUCAUGCCCUAGCCCUGGCUCAGCUGGUUUUGGAGGCGGGGACUCCUGUGCAGGCUGGCAUUCCUCAGGUUCAGCCUCCGAGUCUGAAUCCCAGGCCAUCACAGUACAGCAGCAGCUCUGCAUGAUCCUACAAGCCGCACAGCAAGAAAAAGGAACUUGUGGCUCCCCUGAUGAUGUUGGAUGUCUUCUCCUUGUGGGGUUUGUUUGUUUACUUAGCAGAUAUUUGCCUGAAAUGGAAAUGGGAAGACAACAUGGUAUGGCACUUUGAUGAGGACACCUGGAAGGCCACAGGUGCCACAAACCUGCCAUACAGGAAGAGACAAUGAAGAACCACAGCAAACCUCUGUUCUCCCCAAUAUUAUAUCCAAAGGCCAUAGAAGGAGGGAAAACCAUAACGUUUUAUGCGCAUGCACGCACUGCUUGAUUGUAAAAAAACCUCAACAUGGCUUUUACGAAAGAAAGAAUAGUUAAAACUGAUGAAAAUUCACAACCCUACUUUAAAACUUAAAAUACUAAAACAGAUUUAAACUACCUUGGCUUUCUAAGCACCUGGGUAGGAUUGUCUGAAGAGGAAUGCUUUUAGCAGGCACCGUGCAGUGCCAUGGAGGCGCCUGCUUGAUCUCAACAAGCGGGGAGUUCCAAAGGGCACACUAAACAAUCAAGUUCUUACCAACACAGAAUGGGCAUCAUGUGGCACUGCUGAUCCGAAACAGCCGGGUGGGCGCUUGUGGGUAAAGACCAUCUUGCAGAUGAACUGCUCCCGAGGCGUUAAUGGCUUGCUAUGACUGGGAGUGGCCGCCAUGACCGUUUAACACGAGUCCUAAAAGACCUACAUUGGCUCCCAGUACGUUUCCAAGCACAAUUCAAAGUGUUGGUGCCGACCUUUAAAGCCCUAAACGGCCUUGGCCCAGUAUACCUGAAGGAGUGUCUCCACCCCCAUCGUUCAGCCCGGACACAGGUCCAGCUCUGAAAGCCUUCUGACGGUUCCCUCCCUGCAAGAAGUGAGGUUACAGGGAACCAGGCAAAGGGCCUUCUUGGUGGUGGCACCCACCCCGUGGAACGCCCUCCCACCAGAUGUUAAGGAAAUAAACAACUAUCUGACUUUUAGAAGACAUCUGAAGGCAGCCCUGUUUAGGGAAGUUUUUAAUGUUUGAUUGUAUUUUUAAUAUUCUGUUGGGAGUUGCCUAGAGUGGCUGGGGAAACCCAGCCAGACAGGCGGGGUAUAAAUAAUAAAAUUUAUUCUUAUUAUUAUUGCUACGCCAACCUUGAACUCAAGCCCUGCAACCAGUGCAGACCUCACUCUCGUCAGCAAUUGUGCUGUAGCAUUCUGCACCUACUGCAGUCCUGCCGGGUGCCACCCCAAGGUGUCCAUGCAACUUGCGGGUCACACAUCGGUUCCAAAUCUGGAUCCGGAACAGGAGUGAGGGGCUCGUUCCUGACCCACCAGGCUUGUGGCCCAGAGACUGAGCAAGAAAUCCGAUUUUCUCCUCAAAGGGAGAAAAUCUGCAACCUGGAGUUUGCGAGCAGGGACAUCGCAUGGCAGCAGCAACAAAAUGUUGCAGCACGAGGCACUCUUGUUCAGCUUUUUUUUUUUUGGUGGUGGGGGGGUCGCACUUAAGAGCUAAAUUCUGUUGGGAAUUAUAGGGACAGAACUACUUAAAUUGUGGAGAAAUUUAUGUCUGCUACUACAGCAGCAAGAAUGUUAUUUGCCCCAAAGUGGAAAAAAGCAGAAAAGUCCCAGAAAAACAAGAAUGGGUACAAAAACUUGUGGAAUAUGCAGAAAUGGCGAAACUAACCGGAAGAAUAAGAAAUCAAGAUAAACUUUUUUUUAAAAAAAAGAAAGAAUGGAAAUGAUUUAUUGAAUAUUUACAGAUAAAGUGUAAACGGAUAAAAAACAUUGGCAGCAUUAAUGUAAUAAUAACCUGCAGUUUCACAAGAGCAUAUAUUUGCAGGAGAUAAAUCAAAGAGCAACUUGAAUAUGCAGAAGAUAUUUUUUAAAAAAUAAUAAUUUAAGGAACCGCAGAAAGAGGGGGAAGGAAGUCAAAAUUUGGAAAUGUUAAAUUGACUGUCAAACUAAUGAAAUUUAUAAAUUUGAAAAGCAUAAAUAAGAAACUAAAAAACAAACAAAACUAAAGCCCCCGAAAACUCGCGCGUGCGCGCAGAGAAUAUACGAUAUAGUGAAGGAAGGUGAGGACAGGUGACCUCACCUAGGCCCGAAGUCACCCCCACCAAAGCAGGCUCAAAGCUUCUCAAAGCUUUUCAAAAUCAUUUUCUCAGCAGCUAAGCAUCAGAAACAUUCUGCUCUGCUGUAACAAAGGUAGAGAACAGUCCAUUGUUUCUCAGGCCUUUCUCAUGCCUUCUGGCCUUGCUAAAGAACCACAUUGCAACUUGCUUUCUGUCCGGGAUCCAUGCCAGAACAAGAGAUUGAAACAUAUCUGAACACUCUGAAACCCCUUUCCUGGGAAGGGCGCCAAGAGUCCAAAAUAGUCCCAAAGCAGGAGCUUUCUGUUCAUGCUCAGAGGAACUCAGGGGCAGGACUCCCGAGGGAGGAGAAAGGAGGAGGGAACUGGAAGGGUAUACAGUGGUGCCUCGCAAGACGAAAUUAAUCCGUUCCGCGAGUGUCUUCGUCUAGCGGUUUUUUCGUCUUGUGAAGCAACCCUAUUAGCGGAUUAGCGCUAUUAGCGGUUUAGCGGCUAUUAAAGGCUUAUCGGCUUAGCGGCUUAGCUGCUAAAAGGCUAUUAAAGGCUUAGCGGCUUAGAAAAGGGGGGAAGCGAAAAAAUCUCAAGACUCGCAAGACAUUUUCGUCUUGCGAAGCAAGCCCAUAGGGAAAUUCGUCCUGCGAAGCAACUCAAAAACGGAAAACCCUUUCGUCUAGCGGGUUUUCCGUCUUGCGAGGCAUUCGUCUUGCGGGGCACCACUGUAUAUGCUUGUGCACAUGAUUGUGAACUCGUGCAUGCUUUUUGUGAACUAUCACACUUGCUCCUUCUACCAGUUCAUGGAUGGUAGAAAUAAAAGCCUUUUCUCCGAAACUAUUCCUUGAGUGUCUGUUGACUCCCAUUUCCCUUUCUGAGGCGCAAUAUUUUUCCCACCCGAGGGCAAAGCCUCAUAAGGCUACAAUAGAUACUUAAUUGGUUUAGGAUUUUAUUUAAGUGAUGAAUUAAUGUGUUUGAUUUCAUAACGUAAAGAUCUAAGGAUGUUAAUGUUUAAGUGAAAUUAUUUUAAGAACUGUGAUUUGGAAAACCGUUAAAAGGACAUGCCAUGAAAUUCAACCAAGGGGAAGUGAGGAAGUCACUUAAUGUUAAUAAGUGCAAUUUUUAAUAAGAUUAUGAUUUAUGUUUGUUUGUUUUAUGUGUUUGUUUGUUUUUAAUGUUGUGACAACCAAUAAUUUUUUUUAAAAAAAGAAAAGAAAAAAGAGAGUAUAUAGGAUAUCGCUCCUGCGCGCGCGGAUCUCUGAGGGAGCCUUUCCCGUCCGACGGAGGAAGGCGGGCGAGGCCCUCCCGCCGCCUCAGCGCCCCCGACGGGCUUCCUUCCCUGAGGAAGAUGCCGGCCCGGCCCGGCGGCGGAGGCGGCAGGCGCGCCGCGGCCUCUCCGGCCGUCAGUAGGCGGGCGCGAGGCGGCGUGCGCCCGCCCCCUUCCCCGCCCCGCUCCGCCUCGCUGUGGUCGGCGGCGGCCAGGCAGGAAGAGGCGGCGGCGGCGGCGGCGACGACGACAAGAAGGCCCGGCUGAGGCGAGGAAGCGGAGCCAGCGAGCGAGCGAGCGAGUGAGUGGCUGGGAGAGAGCGGGCUGGCGGCUGGGCCUACCUGCCUGGCGGAGGCGCUCCCUCGCGCCCAUGGGUGCCUUUCUGAGGGGAGAGAGGGAGACAGAGAGGCGCCCUCACACCCUCCUCCUCCUCACCGGGCACAGGCUGCCACCGUCGCCUCCGGUCUCACCAGGCCUCGCUGGGCUUGGAGCGGGGUGUGGGGGGGUCCUUCCUUCUUCCUCCCCCUACCCGCCUCUCCUUUUUGGGCCUGCUCCCCUUUGCUCAAAGUGGGGGGGGGUGUGCAAAGAAACUUGAGGGCCCCUAAGGGAGGUUGUGUGGUUGCGUGCUUUUUGUGUGUGUUUAAAGGCGGCCCUGGGAUCCUCAGGCGAAGGGGAUCCUUUGGUGUGUGUGUGUCCCCCCAAUAAAAUAUUUGAGGGGGACGUUUGAGGGGAAUUCCCAUUCAAAUGGGGUGUGUGUGUGUGUGUGUGCGCACCAUGGGGCUUCCCUGAGGCCCCCAAUAUUUUAUGCAAGUUGGGCACCCCCUGGGUGAUACAGAAUACAGCAAUGAUCAUAAUGGAAGUUGGCAUAGACUAAUGAUAAUGGUGAUAAUUGGCACCCCUGGAAUAAUGUUGGUGCUGAUGCUGCAAAUUUUGUUGGGCCCAGUGUGCACGAAAUGCAGAUUACAGCAUGCUUGUUUUAUUAUGCAUCUGACUUGUCUCCCCGAAAAUUACCCCAGAUUACCUUGUUCCUCCCUCCUUCUCCCCCUUGUUUGCACAACAUCCCUGCGAAGUGGACCGAGAGGUGCUGAGUGGCAAAGUGGGAGCCAGUGUGGCGUAAUGAUUUAGACAGUGUUGGACCUGGGAGUGCAGGGUUUGAAUCUGCACUCGGACAUAGAAUCGUAGAGUUGAGAGGGACCAAUUUAUCCAUCUAAUCACUACAAACGCAUGAAUGUUCAGAGGGGUGGGAAAUGGUAUGAGUGAGGCCACAAGAUGCAAGAAUGUGCGCUGAGCUCAGAAGGCAUAGACGUGUUGCAAACCAUUUGUUUUUCUUUUCUUUUUCUUUUUUUCCCAAUGCAGAAUCAUAACAAAAAUUACAAACAUUGAAUCCAAAAUAAUACUAUACAAAAAAAACACGAACAUACAAAAAAAAAAACAAAACAAAAGAAAAAGGGAAAGGAAACAAAACUAAACUAAACAAAAACGAAAAAGCACACAUCUACAGAAAAAAACCAUAUCAUUACGUACAUAAACACAUAUUGACUUCCUUCCUUUGUUCUAAGACCUCAAAAAAUUUACUAUUACUAUAUUGUUGUGUCUAAUUAGAUUACUUCUACCUUUGUACUUUUUCUUUUCUUUUUUUUAAACACCAUUUUUUUUAUUUAACCCUGUAAAGCAUCAUUCAUUACAUACCAAUAUACUAACUCCAGAACAAUGUUUUUUCAUAUACUCUUUAGCACAACCCCAUUCUUUUAAUAAUUUGUUUUUCUUGUGUGUCAUGGCUUUUUGGUUCUGUUCGCAGCUCCAGUUUAUGUUUUAUCUAUCUGUGUCUUCCAAAUGAGAAUUACGCUUCAUGUUUUUGACAGUGAGGUUAUGCUCCACAAGAAAACUUUUCGUUCUUUAAGAUGCUACAAGGUUGCUAUCUAGUGGGCACCAGUGACAUGCUAAUAAGGAGUGUGAGUAGCUCCUUGCUUCUUGGAGUAAACCUAUCCUGUAUGGGCUUAUGUAAAUUACACUAGUUAUACUUAAGGCCCACUAUCCAAACACUUAGUAUACAAAAAAAAUCACUUAUCAAAAUACGAGGAAGUAGUACUCUUAAUCUUGCUAUGCACAUUGCAGAUUCAAAUAUCUAAACAGCCAGAUCUGUGUGUAGUACUGUUAAACAAAUAAGCCUCUUUAAACAAGGCUUUUUGCCGCAGCCUUUUCAUCAGAAACCAUGGUGAAGAGGGGAGGAAGGAUGAGAGACUGGACAAAUAAGAUAACAUUUUUUCCUUCCUUGUUGCCUUUUGCAAGGUUUCAGAGGGUUUCCCCAGGGUUGUUGUUUUUGUCAUUUUGGGAUCAAAGUUCCUUGGUCGGGAACACAUUAGAAAUUUUCCUAUAGGAAUCAGUAGAAAUAGUUGACCAUUUAUGUGAUCGCUUGUCUGACAAAAGGUUUCCUGAGAAGACAUUUUAUUCGGAUAGCAGGACCUGCCAGUAGACCAAUCCUAUGCAGGUUUAUACAGAUAUAACACAUGGUGUUUAAUGGAGAUUACAGUGGUACCUCGGGUUACAGACGCUUCAGGUUACAGACGCUUCAGGUUACAGACUCCACUAACCUAGAAAUAGUACCUCAGGUUAAGAAUUUUGCUUCAGGAUGAGAACAGAAAUUGCAUGGCGGCAGCAGCGGGAGGCCCCAUUAGCUAAAGUGGUGCUUCAGGUUAAGAACAGUUUCAGAUUAAGAACGGACCUCCAGAACGAAUUAAGUUCUUAACCCGAGGUACCACUGUACUGUACUCCCAAAUAAGUGUGGUUAGGAUUGUAGCAUUACAUCAUUUGAAGAUUGGCAUGCUUGCAUUUGUCAUAAUUUGUUACUUUUCUUACUAAGCACUUCUGAAUUGACUUUUCAAGGCUUCAGGUUGUUUCAUGCCAAAUCUUCUUCAUAACUGGUUACUUAUCCAUGAGAAAGUUUACAGGAUUAUGCUGAGUUGACAUGCUGUUAAUAGAAGAUGCAAAAAGAUUUGUGGUUAUUGAUUGAUCUCUGAAGUUCAUGCUGAAUUUCAGUGUCACACAAUGCAAAGCAUUAAUAUGGGUCUUCUCAAGUACUUUCUAAUCUUAAUCUUUGCAACCCGCUCUCCUCACUGUUAGGAUUCAGCCAUUUGCCCCAAACCAUCACCAGGUGUGUUGAAUAGCUGUGCUCCACAUUUUAUUAUGUUUAUGCAUUAAUCAGCAUUAAAACUUUCCCAAGGUUGUAUUUCCUAAAUAACAUAGUUCCUCUAUGAUGGAAAAUAAAUAUGCAGUCACUUGAUUGGCCCAGCUCAACUCUUACUCCAUUUUUACACCUAUGAAAGCAGUUCAAUCCAAAUUUCUGAGGGUUGUUCUUUAGGUACCCUGAGGCAUGACAAACAUCACCCAGUGUCUGGAGGCUGGCCUCUAGAAAGCUGAAGCAAGGGACUGGCUUGUUAUUUUCAAUUUUUGGCUGAAGUGGGUGGCGUUGUGGGUUAAACCACAGAGCCUAGGGCUUGCCGAUCAGAAGGUCGGCGGUUCGAAUCCCAACGACGGAGUGAGCUCCCGUUGCUCGGUCCCUGCUCCUGCCAACCUAGCAGCUCGAAAGCACGUCAAAGUGCAAGUAGAUAAAUAGGUACCGCUCCGGCGGGAAGGUAAACAGCGUUUCCGUGCGCUGCUCUGUUUUGCCAGAAGCGGCUUAGUCAUGCUGGCCAAAUGACCCAGAAGCUGUACGCCGGCUUUCUCGGCGAAUAAAGCGAGAUGAGCGCAGCAACCCCAGAGUCAGUCAUGACUGGACCUAAUGGUCAGGGGUCCCUUUACCUUUACCUUUAGCCUUACAUCCAACUGGCUUAGUAGCCCCACAAACCAUUCAGUUUGCUGUUCAUAAAACUUCUGAACUCUAGCUAUACAGAUUUUCCUUGCCAUUUCUCUGGAAUAGGAGAGGCCUAGAGUAGCUCUAAAGCAAUGUUUUGCAGAUGUUGAAUGCCAACAUCAUCUCGGUUCAACCUCCAACCACACACUAAUUGACGGAGCACUCUAAUUCAGUAAACCAGCUAACUGUUUUUCUGCACUCUUGGUCCAAAAGCAUUGCACAGGCUUCACACUGGUGCGCCUCAGUGCCCUUUCUUCAGCAGUACUGGAGGGAAGAUACUUAAAAAUAUAAAGAACAUGCAGCACUUAGAGGGCUUGGAACAGUCUUCUUUUGCAGGACCCCAAACCCACCUGUCCUCCCUAGUCCACUAUAGACCAGACAAAAGGGAGAAGAAAGGCAGACUAGGUCACAUAGUGCUCCUGAGAUAAGCUCAAAGGCAAAUUAUUAACCCUGCUCUUCUGAUGAAAGUAGAGCCAGGACUGGGAGGGACUAUUCACUUUAUUAAUCUUUAUUAUUAAGAAAUCAAAGCAAGAAACACAUAGAACACCUUAUCCAGAUGUGUAUAAUAGAGUGAAAAGAAUAAAGAAAGUAAAUAGAAAUAGCAUAUAGAAAAGUAAAAUUGGAAUGAAUAUUAUUGAAAGUUGUAGUCAUAACAUGUACUCCAAAGAGGAAAAGUACAAAACGUCUUGAGGUCAGUUCCUGGCUGUGAUUGCUUGUUGCAGCGCAGUACUUGGCCACACUGAGAGUGAUAUAGAUUCAUUUUAAUCUGAGAGAAGUAGGAGGAGGGUGGAUGGCAGUUAACGGAUUGAGGUUGAAUCCUGAUAAGACAGAAGUACUGUUUCUGGGAGGCGGGGGCAGGUAGGUCUUGAAUGGGGUAACUGUGUCCCUAAAGGACCAGGUACUCAACCUUGGGGUCAUUUUGGACUCAUAACUGUCCAUAGGGGUGCAGGUCAAUUCUGUGUCCAGAGUAACUGUCUUCCAGCUCCAUCUUGUACGCCAACCAAGACAGUACCUGCUUGCGCACUGUUUCACCAGAGUGGUACAUCUCCCACUUGGACUACUGCUGUGUGCUGUACAUGGGGCUACCUUUGAAGGUGACUUGGAAACUGCAGCUGCCAGUCUGGUGACUGGAAGCGGCCACUGGGACCAUAUAGCACCAGUCCUAAAAGACCUGCAUUGGCUCCCAAUAUAUUCCUGAGCACAAUUCAAAGUGUUGAUGUUGACCUUUAAAGUCCUUAAUGGCUUUGACCCUGAAGGAGCGCCUCUACUCACAUCGUUCAGCCUAAACACUAAGGGCCAGCUCCGAGGGUCUUCUGACGGUUCCCUCACUGUGAGAAGUUAAGUUACAGGGAACCAUGCAGAGUUACACCCGCCCUGUGGAACGCCCUCCUGUCAGAUGUUAAAAAGAUAAAUAAUGAUAAGAUCUUCUGUAGACAUCUGAAGGCAGCACUGCAUUGGGACGCUUUUAAUGUGUGAUGUUCUGCUGGUUGUUGUUGUUGUUGUGUUUCUGUAUACCCUGUUGGAAGCCAACUCAAGUGGCUGGGGCAACCCAGUCAGAUGGGCAGGGUAUGAUGAUGAUGAUUAAUAUGAUCUGAUUGUCUUGGCUUACGGGUUCUGUUUUUUUUAAAAAAAAGAUUUUAUGCAGUUUUUGGUAAAAGGAGAACAUGAGUCACCAUCUUGACCUUUUCACAGGGGCACUUGUGUUCAUGGUAGGUGCUGCACAUGUUCCCUAUUUUUAUUUUGAAUUAAGAAAAGAUGCAAAUGGAUCAUCACUCCCAGCAACUGGAGUUCUGCCUGGCAGAGGGCCAGUGAACUUACUGUGAAACAUUUCUGCUCCUCCUUAGUCCCCUGCAGAAGGACUUGGGGACCACAUAUUUUAGUUCUUACCUGGGUCAGCAGCUUGCUUGCAGAGAAGUCUACCCUCCUGGGGGCUGUUGCUGCAAAUAUGUUGUCUUUACAGCGGAAUUAAAGGCAAGAAGAGGCUGCUGGGGAAGGGACGGAUCACUCUUGUCAGAUAGCUGAAAUGAUCUGUAGAGGUCUUUUGAAAUUAGGCUGAGGGCUGCCUUUGGCUCUAGGUCUGCAGGGUACCCACCCCAGGACAGGGGGGAAAGGAUGUUGUAUAAGACUUUCUAGUUGGAAGGAAAAGCUAGAUUUGGCUGAUUUCUAUUUUUAAUAUUGUUUAGUCUCCAACCAGGUAGGAUCAGAAAAUAGGUGUCAGUUGCAUUCAGCUUUUUUCUAAACAUCCUCCUCCCAUUUCUGUAUCCUGUUAUUGGCUUCUGGGUGCAAUUCCCUUUUUCUGUGUCUGGGCUGAGGCCUUGAAAGAGAUGUCUCAUAUGGUCCUGUGUCAUCCUUCAGAAGAACUCCAGAAGCAGAUGAAGCCUGCUGUUUUCCUACCCCCGGCCCUCUCUUCUGCUUACAGUCACUGCAGAGAAGUGACAGUAGCUGGGGAACAAGUGCGGCGCACUUAGAGCUGUGGUUCCCUGGACGAGACCUUGUCCUUUGUAACGGUCAUCUGCUGCCUGGUUUUCCUAUCCGCUGAUUUUUAGAGGUGGAGGAUGCCAGGAGACUCAUGUAGUCAUACUUGGAGAAGCUUACAAUGAAAGCAAUGACUACUUUGUUUUAAUGUCUAAAUUAAUGACUGAUAACUUCCUGGAUGGAAAAAUGGGACACAAAUAUUACAAAUAAAUAAAAAUGUCAGUCCUGUCUCCCCUACAAAUGCCAUUGUGAGGUUCCUUGCCCACAUUUUUUGUAUAACAAAAGGUAGAAACAUACACUUUUGCCUUUAAAAAACAGCAAAAGUCGAGGAUCAAGGCCAACCAUUCAUACUAUCCAGUGCAAACGCUGCAGUAUUUUCACUGGGUUUUUUUUCUUCAUUGCAGGGCAUCUGUUGCUUGCUGUUCCAGACGAUUAACUCCCAUGACCAGUAAGGCAGCACAACGGGACCACCCACGAACAAGGGUUGGGUUUCUGCAUACCCAGGUGACUCCACAAAUAUGUAGAAAAAAACUGGAUUUAAAGGCAAGGUGGGGGAACCCCAACACUGAAAGAAUGAGAGAGUUGUGUGUACUGUCAUGGAAACAUACAGGACAGAGAAGUUGGGAUUGUGAGGGUGCAUGAUAUCAAGUACGAAUCCCCAACCAAGAAUCCUUCAGGCCAGGAGUUAGGAACCCCUGACUUAUCAGGCAUUGGAAUCCCAGACAUUGCUUCCCACGAUGGAAGGUGAUAGAGCUAGUGAAACAAUUACAGAGUGCUGAAAAGGGCUAUCUACCCUGCUUUUGGCUCUUAGGGUCUCUGCCCCAUUUGCAGUUUAAAGGCUAGUAUGGAGACGAUUUGUGCUUUUCCUCUUAUCCUUUCUCCAUUCCCAAUCAAUAACUUCCACCAAGCAAUCUUUAAAGCUACGAAAGGUGCAUACUGGCCGUAGCUUAAAGAGUCUUGGAGGAAGUGGCAGAAACAAGGCUCAAGCGUGUGAACUUUUAGGGACACACUCCAUGAAUCUAUAGUAAAGGUUUAGGUAAGAAAAAUAUUGCCACUGAAAGUUUUCCCUUUGGGACUGCUCAGACAACAACCAGAAAUUAUAAUCUCCUGAUUGUAUACCAUGACUGCUCUUGUUUGGGGCUUGCUGAGUCCAGAAUGGAAAAUGCUGUAGUGAUACAGGACUCAGGAUGAAGAUACAGCUAAAUGCUGUCGGUUACCGCAUGUUUGUUCCUGGGCUGUUGCCAGUCUCUCUCUUCCUGCCCCUGUUUUAUUUUUUUUUAAUUAAUUAAAUUAUAAAUAUUAUUGCUAGACCUCCUAUCUCUUAAAUUCUGGAAAAGUAAGAGAAUGCCGGGAGGGAGGGAGGGAAGCAAGCAUGCAGGUGGCAAAAUAAGGGUGGGACAGUAUUAGUCUCUCUGCCCCCUCCCUUAAAAAAAUAGCAAAAUGGCAUCCCACUUUACACUGACAUUCUGUGCUAUUUAUUCAUGUUUCAUGCUAAAAAGAAAAGAAAGAGGCCUAGUGCUUUUCAUUUGGAAUGCUGUUAAGAAGACAUCGCUAAAAUGUGUUUCACUGAAAAUUAAUCCUCAGCUGUGAAAGGUCAUCCUAUAUUAAUCUGCCUGCCAAGAACAACCUAGGGUGCUGCCUUUGAACUAUACAUCUUUUAAUUGCAUGACUCAGUACCUCAGAACCAUCUUUCACAAGUGGGUGAAGCUUCCUUACUCAAAGGCAUCUCACCCACUAUUAUCUAUUCCCAGUCAACAGCAGCUCAUCAGGGUCUUGGACACAGAGGCCUUUCCUUGCCUCAUACAUUCUGGUAUUGCUCUAAUGAAAGAUGUAUGGAAUUGUACCUGGGACCUUUUGCAGGAAAAGCAUCAUGAUCCCUAAAGGAAAAGUUUUACUCUUCUUUCUACCAACAAGGAGCUGAGCUGAGCUGAUGUUGAGGGAGUGCAGUCUUACUAGAAAAUUGUUUCUGUAAGGUUGUUGAUAUCAUGAGCCCCACAGCAAUGUUGGGAAUCGGGAUUGAGUUGGCAGACUCUGAAGCAGGAGGAGGAAGAAAGAUGGGGAAUGUAGGCACUCUGGGUUGGACAAAGUAUCUCCCCCUUCCACUCUGACUUUGGAACGAGGAGAAGGUAUGCCAGCUCUCCCCUCCAACCUUCCUGUGGAGCAGAGAGACCCAGUGGAGAAUGGGAGAGGCUUUGAUCAGUCAGGGGCAGAAACUGAACUCAUUCAAGAGGCUAGACAGGAGGGCACUGCUUUGUCACCUGGAACCAGGUGACGCCUUCACAAAUGGGAACAAUCCCACCCACCCCGAAGGAGUGCACACUUGCAAUCUCAACAUUCCCAGAAGGCAAGAGAGUCUUACGAGUGAGUGUGCCUUAUUUUAACAGGGAAAGUUGCUGGGACAUCUUUGCCAUUUCCAUCCGGUUCUGAAAUUCUUAUUCUGCUCCAGAACUCCUGUAUCCUGUAUCUUGACUCUUGAGUCUGUGUCUGCUUUCCAGCCCAUGACAUUAAAUUGGAACUCUUUCUUUCUUAAAAGCAAGAACAUCUGUCUGUAUUGAGCAGGUGAUGAGAUAGUUGGGAUGGCUGUGGCCAAAAAUGCAGAAAAGUUUUCAAACUUUGACACACACACACACACACACACACACAUUUAUAUUUAUAUAUUUAUAUGCCUAGGCAUGUAACAUUUUCCUUGUGUUUGCAGGUUUAUGUCUUUUAG